CCGCUACCAUUUCCUCCUAGUGUCAGAAACUACUUGGACUCGCUCUGAACUCACCUCCCCGGAAACGCCGCCGGAGUUCCUUACCGACCACCGCGUGAGAAAAUCGUCCAGGUUUUUCUUCAUCCUCCUUAUUUCUCUAUCGCAGUUUCAGAACCGCAAUCAACAACAUAGCUUUUAGUGCCCUAAAACUGAAACCAAUCUCCUUCCUCUAUAAACCUAAUCAACCUCUAAAUUUCCCCAUUUUUAUCGUUAAUUCACGAUUUACUUCAAUGAAACAAAUAAACACCGAAUCUGAAGAUCCCUGCAUCACAGAAAACUCCUCAUCAUCUAUAAGUGUGAAAUCCACCCCUGAAAUCGAGAAAAAGUUUGUUCAUAGUGUUUAUGAUGCAAUUGCCCCGCAUUUUAGUUCAACUCGGUUCGCGAAAUGGCCGAAAGUUGCUGAGUUUCUCUCAUCCCUGCCUUCGGGAUCUCUUAUCCUUGAUGCAGGAUGUGGGAAUGGGAAGUAUUUAGGUUUUAAUCAAGAUUGUUUUUUUAUAGGAUGUGAUAUAAGUCCUUCAUUGAUUAAGAUAUGUUUGGAUAGAGGACAUGAAGUUCUUGUAGCAGAUGCUGUGAAUCUUCCUUAUAGAACUGGUUUUGGCGAUGCUGCAAUAUCUAUUGCUGUGUUGCAUCAUUUGAGUACUGAGAAUAGAAGGAUAAAAGCGAUUGAAGAGUUAGUUAGAGUUGUUAAAAAGGGUGGUCUUGUUUUGAUUACGGUUUGGGCUGUUGAACAAGAGGAUAGCUCGUUGCUUAACAAAUGGACUCCACUUGCUGAUAAGUAUGUUGAAGAGUGGCAAGGAUCGGGAAGUCCACGUGCUGCUCGGUUAACUUCGUCUCCGUCGUUAGAAAGUAUUCCGGAAAUUGAGGAGAGUGGCUUUGGUGGCGAGGAGAGGAAAGUUUGCAAUGUGUCUGAAGUUUUGGGAGAUUUGAAGGAAGAAGAUAAUGCGAAGAAUCAGCAGGAAUAUUUUGUUCCUUGGCAUUUACCGUAUCAUCGCGCUGAAGUUAGUGGUGCUUCUGCUCAUGCUUUGGCUACUGGUCUUGCUACUAAAGAUGACAUAAAGGGUGCUGUGGUUUAUAACAGAUAUUAUCAUGUUUUUAGUGAAGGUGAACUUGAAAGCUUGACAAAUGGAAUAAGCAAUGCUAGAGUUGUUGAUCAGUUUUUUGAUAAAUCCAACUGGUGCAUUAUUCUAGAAAGGACGGUAUGAUAAAGGAAGAAACCCUCAGUUAUAUAUAUCAGGGAACAAAACUUUGCUACUGCUCCCUUGUCGAAUUUGCAUCCGCCAUUGAAUAUAGUAUGCCAGAGAAUAAUAUGAAAAAGGGUCAGCCACAGAACUCAGAAAAUGUUAAUUCUCUGAGCAAUUUAUUGUCCAAAUCAGGCUGCUUUCUUCAAGCAACUCCAGCUUAUUGUUUUUAUUAUUCGUCCUUUUUUUUUAUUUGCAAAACCCAAUUUUGGCUGUAACUUGUAAUGUUAAAGCUGGAAGGACGGCACUGUUAUGAGUAUGCUGGUGUUGUUGCUGGGUUCUGUAUUUGCCCCAACAAUGCUGAACAUCUUUUAACCACGUUCAAAAUAGGUGCAACAAUUUAUUUAUGGUUGGAUCUGUUUAUUUUACCAUGAAAUGCAUCAUCUUAUCUGCCUCAA